AUUUUAUAUAAAAACUAGAGAAAUCGAUUGAAAAGUAUCAUUCAAUUUUAUUUGUCUAACAGUCAACACUACUAUAAAAAAAUAAAGAUGGCGGCUAAGAUUGUUCUGUUGUUCGCUUCAGCUCUUCUAAUGAAGACCAUAUCUGCUCAAAGCAUUGGUGUCGGCUGCCUAAAUGGAAACGCGGUUGUCGCUGAAGAACUAGCUUUGAGUCGAGCAUUGGGAGCUGGUCCAUUCUACUCAGGAAACAACGCCUAUGGACUGGCAGCCAACGGCUUCGUCCCCAGCAAUGGUGGUGGCUUUGCAGUGAGCAGCUUCUCUCCCAUCGCACCAACUGGCAUCACAGUCUUCUCGGAGAAUGCUAUCGAAGGCGCUCUAGCUGUGAACGGUGAGCUGCCGUUCUUGGGAGCCGUGGCAGUUGAGGGCUCUUUAGCCAGCGCUGGAGCUGGUGGUAUUAACUACGGCUGCGGUAGCGGCGCUGUUGGUAUUGUGAGCGAGGGAGUUGCUCCUGCCGCUCCCGCCGGUCCGUACGGUGUCGCUCCUGGUGGCAGAGUCUAUGGACCUUCUCUGCCUGGCUAUGGCGCUCCCAACUUCGCUCUAAAUGGCCUUCCCGCUCCCGGGUGUGGUUACAAUGGAGUUUUAGGUUAUUAAAUUGUUACUUAAUUUUGUAAUUUGUUGAUUUGUUGUAAAUAUAAUUUUGAAAUUUA